GAAAAGAUAAAGGGGCAUGUGAAAGCCUUGUUGAGCAGACACUCCUGAUUGAUCAGACCUCAGCGGACAGACAGACAGAGCUGCACAGUGUGAAUAGAAGAAGAAGGAAAAACAAACGCCAAGAUGUGUUGCUCCGGCUUUCUCAAAGUCAUGAUGUUUAUCUUCAAUGGCGGCAUCUUUUUGGCAGGUGCAUGCAUCCUGGGUGUGGGAGUGUGGGUGAAGGUGGACAGUAGUUCUCUGCUGGGUUUGCUGGAUAACGGGGAGGGCACUCCGUCUGGGUUAUCCCAGCUGGUCAACGUCGCCUACCUGCUCAUCGCAGUAGGCGCCGUGCUGCUGGUCAUUGGCUUCCUGGGCUGCUGCGGAGCUGUCAAGGAGAGCAGGUGUAUGCUGCUGACGUUCUUCAGCAUUGUGCUGAUUAUCUUCCUCAUCGAGGUAGUGGGAGCUGUGGUGCUGCUCGUCUUCAAGGAUUUGGCCAAGCAGGUUCUUGAUCAUCUGGAGGAUGACGUUAAAGAAAGCAUUAAAGAGGAGUAUGGAAGCAAUGACCGUUUCACCUCUCUCUGGAAUGCCACCAUGAAGGAGUUUAAGUGCUGCGGAUACAAGAACUACACAGAUUUCGACGGCUCCACUUUUAACAAUGUCAGCGGAGGAGAUCGCUAUCCAGUCACAUGUUGCAAUAAAACCAUCGACGUGUGCACUACAGACAACGCACAUUUUUCGAUGAUUGAUGGCUGCUUUACAAUGCUGCUGCAGCUGAUAGAGGACAACGCUGUGAUCAUUGCAGGGCUGGCUCUAGGAAUCGCUGCUCUAGAGGUUGCUGCGAUGGUGGUUUCGAUGGUCCUCUACCAGAAUAUUGGCAACAAGGCGUGAUAUUUCCUGUUGGGAUGAGAUAACGACAUUCUAAUCGGUGGAGAAAUCGUACUUUUAGGCCUUAGCAGUUCUUCUAUGGAUGAAGUUUUUUUCUAUUUGAUUCAAACCAGACUGAUGAUCAGACAGACAAACUUGUAAUGCUCUACAUGCAUUAUGUAGAGCAUUAAAAUGGAGAGGUAGUCAAUGCAUCUAAUACGUUCUUAGUUUCAGAACUAUAUCUGUCCACAUUUUAUACCUUGAUUUAUUUAAGUUUUAAGAAGCAGACAUUGUAUGUGCUGAUACAUAUUAGUAAUAUGUAAUGAUGCACAGGGCAGAAAUGAUAUGCACAAGUUGUUUAUUUCCCUCACACUCACUGCUAACUGUAAUAUAAUGAAUUUAUUUUUGUAUGUUUGAUCAUAUUGAAAUAAUAAAUAUCACAAUAUCACCU